AUGCGACAAACGGGUAUCUCAGUUUGUCUGUGGGUGUUGCUGGUAUUGGGACUUCCCACCUUGGGUAGUGGAAUGAACUUUUGGGAAUAUUUGAGUGGAUUUCCCAAGGCUUGGUGGGACAAGGAGACUCGCUAUUUGCCUCGCUAUUGGAGGAACACGUCCAGUAGCAACAGUACUGGAUUGAACGCUAGCGGGUCGUUGGAUGCGUGUUCCACUAUAGUCCAUCCAGUACUCAGAAAACUUUGUCAAGACCAACAAGCCAGUACUGCUUCUACUGCUACUACCGGUUCUACCAGUAACACUACCAAUGCUACAGCCAACAAUGAUAGUGGUACCAUGGCAUUGAUACCUAUCAAGUGCCUUCAAGAUCCUUCACUACAAGAAUGCCAACAGUACUUCCCCAAUGGUCUGCCCUCUGAUACCACUGCUGAGGAUGCAGGUGCAGGUACUGAUAGUGGCACUGGCACUGGCAGUACUAGCUUUACGUCCAGCAUGCCCAGUGCUGCUCCAUCUCUCCCCAGUUGGAGAAUUGGCAGAGGCUGUUUUGGAGACAUGUUUGACUCUAGAUUCUGUGAAAGAAUCAAGUACCAUAUGGACAGAGUUACUCAGCAUCCAGCACAAGCUACCAGCAGCUAUAGGUACUUUGUGGGAGAAGUCAACAAUAAUCCUCACCAUUACAACAACAAUCCUAACAACAACAAUGGCAACUAUGGAAAUGGAAAUGGAAAUGGAAAUGGGGGAAAUGGAAAUCAAGGUGGAUACAUGGGGGGAUUCAUGGUGGGAAAUGGAAACUUCCUUGGCAGACCCACUUGGGCACCCUCCACGCUACAACCCACUAUAUCUGCACAGCCAUCGGUCUCCAAGGCUCCCAGUGGUCAGCCUUCCGUCAGUCAUGCUCCCAGUGUCAGUUCACAACCCAGUGAUUCCCCGUCGGUCAGUCCACAGCCCAGUCAAUCACCCUCGCAAGGACCAACGCAAGCACCCACCGUCAGUGCGGCACCAUCCACGAGCAAAGAGCCAAGUGCCCUACCGACGGUCAGUCCCUAUCCAACCACUUUGGAACAAAAACUGUACGAGAUGCACUAUGGAGAAGGAUCGGGAAACAUUUAUCGAAACACGGAGGCUCCCACCUUUGCGCCAACCACUACCGUUGCACCGUCCAAUCCACCUUCGGUCAGUAACGCGCCAUCGGUCAGUUCACAACCGAGUUUUCAGCCAUCCGUUAGUCAUCAACCUAGCAUUAGCUCUGCGCCCUCCACCGUACCCACACAAGCCAGUGAACAUCCCUCGUUCUCACCAUUCUACUACGAAAACUCGGUCAAGCUCACGCGGAAUCGACCCACCCGACGUCCUACGCAACAACCGACCCUUACACAAACCAGUUCGGGGGAAGCGUCGGGAAGUAUCACUCGAGCACCCACACCGGCAACCGAGAAUCCCACAUCCGCCAGUACCACGGAUAUUCCAGUCACGCUACAGCCAACCAAUGCGCAAACAACGGACUCACCCACAAAUAUCGAGGUGACGACAGCUAGUCCGACGGAACAAACCACGUCCGGUAGUGCAUCUGGAAUUGUGACAAAAUCGCCCACCACGACAACCACCAACAGUCCCACCAUGACGACAACCACACAAAGUCCCACCACGACGCAGACAUUGUCCGGAACGGCAUCGGGAAGUGUUUCAAAGGCACUGCCCAAGACGACAAAGAACACACCAAUUCCAACCACAACGGAUAAUAAUAGUCCCACUACUGCUACCGGUGGUAUUACCAGUCAACAACCAUCCACGUUGGCUCCGUCGACACUGGAACCCACCAACAAGGUUUCCGGCAUCGGCCAAGUCAGCAAACAGCCGUCGACGACGUUGGCUCCGUCAACGAUGGAACCCACGAAAAAGGUCACCGGCACCGGCCAAGUCAGCAAACAAACGGCGGAACUCGCUGAUAAUAAACCUCCCACCACAGCGCCGCCUUCUACAAACGCACCAACUAAAGCGCCAAGCAGUUCGCCGUCGAAUACGCCUUCGAAAGCUUCGGCGGUUCCUUCGGCUAGCCCUUCCGAUGCGCCUUCGAGUCAGCCAUCCAAUGCACCGUCGCAAGCGUCGGCAUUUCCAUCGUCGACCCCUUCAAUGGCACCUUCCGCGCAGCCGAGCAAUCGUCCAAGCAUAGGACCGAGUGCUAGCCCAAGUGCAUCACCAAGUAAUAGCCCAAGUUCAUCGCCAAGUGCCAGCCCAAGUUCAAUGCCGACCUCUGAACCAAGCAGUACUCCUUCGACUACCCCGAGCCUGCCUCCCAGUGGAUCUCCUUCGGCAACCCCGAGUCAGCAGCCCAGUGGCUCUCCUUCCGCGCAUCCCAGUUUCCAGCCUAGCGAUACUCCUUCCACACAGCCAAGUGGCUCGCCUUCACAAUUGCCAACAACUGGGCCCACACAAAAACCAUCGUCGAGUCCCUCACAGAGUCCGUCGAACAAACCAUCGGCAACGCCAUCCUCGGCUCCCUCGAGCGAACCGUCAGUAGAACCGAGCGGAUCGCCAUCGUCCAAACCCUCUCAGGAACCAUCUACGUCCCCAUCAUUCACGCCUUCGGAGCAACCUUCCGGCAAACCAUCGGACAAACCAUCUUCGGAACCAAGCAAUAAUCCAACGGGCGGACCAACGACGUCACCUUCGCAUAGUCCUUCCUCAAAACCGUCCGAAGCUCCUAGUUCCUCGCCCAGCGAUGAACCGAGCGCAGCACCAUCCGCUAAGCCGAGCACUACACCCUCCAAUCGGCCAACGACCGAUCCAUCGCAGCCUACAUCUCUCCCCACGCCAACCAUGCCCGUGGAUUCCCCAAGUGCUAUGCCAACCAAAAAAGCCUCGGAAAAGCCCACUCAACCCCCCACGAAGAUCCCCACUGGUUCGCCGACCAGAGCACCCUCGACGCCAGUGCCUACACCGCGCCCUAGUGUGCCACCAAGCACCAGCAAUCCAAGUGCUACUUUGUCGGACGGCACGUCGGGCGAGGAAGAGACAAACAUUGUUGAUACUCCACAGCCCGCUGCAAUUCCCAACCCCGAGCCAAUGGCCAGUCCUACAACUAGAGCCCCGACCAAAGGACCAAGCGAACGCCCCACAAAGAAUCCAACAAAAUCACCCACGACAAUGGCGCCCAGCGCUUCACCUAGCAACACAGUUUCGGCGAAACCAUCCAAUGUUCCCAGUACAAGUCCCAGCCAGUCACCCACGUCGGAACCAAGUAUGUCCCCAACUUCAACACCAUCUGGUUCGCCGUCCGACAGCCCAAGCAUUGCUCCCAGUGCCAUCCCAUCUUCCAACAGCAGAACCAAAUGA